CUUCGAAGCACAGCGAGUAGAGAGGUCGACUCACACAAUUCCAGGAGUGAGAUUUCGAGCAUUCUGUAGUCAACAUUCCUCUGUAGUUUAUCGCGAGAGUUCUAUUCCUUUUAGAUUUCUCUUGGGAGAGUUAGUGAGCAGCGAGUUUAGUUCUCAAAAAGUGGCGUGGUUAAGAUCUUGAUAUUGAGUGUAAUCGUAAAUUUCGUUCCAAUACAAUUGAGCUUCGCCUUCGAAUCUCAAGGUUUCAACGUUCAUUUCAAGAUGCCUUCGUCCGCUUUUCCUCCACAAGUUACAAAGCACUAUGAACUGAAACAAACCAUUGGAAAUGGUGGGUUUGCAAAGGUCAAGCUUGCAAUACACCAGCAAACAGGAGAGAAGGUUGCAAUAAAAGUUAUGAACAAGAAAGAACUUGGGUCUGACCUACCAAGAGUCCAGAGGGAAAUAGAAGCUUUGAAGAAUCUUAGUCAUCAACAUGUCUGUCAGCUGUACCAUGUCAUCCAGACAGAUGAAUACAUAUUCAUGGUCAUGGAAUAUGCCCCAGGAGGAGAAUUGUUUGACUACAUUGUAGCAAAGGACAGGCUCAAGGAGGAAGAAGCCAGAGGGUUUUUCAGACAGAUUGUUUCAGCAGUGGCUUACAUCCACGACAGAGGAUAUGCUCAUAGAGACCUUAAACCAGAAAAUCUGCUUCUUGAUGAGGAUCAGAAUAUCAAGCUUAUUGACUUUGGUUUAGUUGCUAAACCAAGAGGUGGAAUGGCUGAUCAUUUAGACACAUGCUGUGGCUCCCCAGCGUAUGCUGCUCCUGAACUAAUUUCUGGCUUUCCAUAUCAUGGAAAUGAGGUUGACCUGUGGAGUAUGGGAGUGUUAUUGUACGCCCUCCUUUGUGGCUUCUUGCCAUUUGAUGAUGAUAAUACUUUUAAGCUGUACAAGCUCAUUCAGAAAGGAGAGUAUGAAGUCCCAGACUGGCUUUCACCAGGUAGGCCAAGACGCGAAAGAGGCUCGAGAGUAAGGAGAACGAGCAUCCCAAUGUAGUCAAUAAAGAAAACGCCGAAUACAUUCUCCCCCCACCCAAACCAUUACCUUACUCUGAGCAUCAAGCCAGAAAGUCCAAAGUUAUCAAGGCGGAACCUUGCAUGGAGCCUCCAACAAGGAAGCCAAGAGCUGGUACUUUACCUUCCAGUGUUCCCACAACACCUACCAAGAAAGGAGCCAAAGAGAUGCCUCCGCCAUUAGCUCCAAUAACUCCACGUGUCAAGAAAACACCUGCAAGAGGUGCUGCAGCAGAUAUACCAAUAUCACACUCCGAUUAUGAUUUUGGUAACAGUGACCUAACACCAAUAUCACAGUCGAAAAUGUGGUCACAAUCUCUGGACACGAACUUGGAUAAAGCCACGUCCAGACGAACACCAUUUAAGUCACCAUUCACUAUAGGAAGGAAGAGAUUCGGUUCAGUGGACACACCUAGUACAAGCAAAUGGAGUUCAAGGGGCAUCAUGGGUAGCAUUGAAGAUAGUCUGAACAGAAUUGUGGAGGCAAUUACACCAAGAGGUCUCGGGGGGUAUGGGCCGAGAAAAGUUAAGGCUCUAUAUAACGUAUCUACAACUUCGACCAGAAGCUCAGAUGAAGUUCUCGACGAGCUGAAACGAGUUCUGGAAGAAAGAGAUAUCCUCUUCAAAGAAAAAGGGUAUGCCCUCAGAUGUAAAUCAAUAGACGAAAGAGGAAAAGUCCUCCUCGAGUUCGAAAUGGAAGUUUGUCUUAUUCCCAAAAUGGAAAUGAUAGGUAUACGUCGAAAGCGUAUGAAGGGAGACACUUGGGCUUAUAAGAAAAUCUGCGAAGAACUCUUGUCUUCAGCAAAGCUUUGAAAGUGCACUGCGAUGAGCUGUAAUUGAAAACAGGUCUGAGAAUAUGGUGGAUUGGAGUGGAAAGAAGCCACGAACUUAAAUUUGGAUAUCAUGUUUCAUUUAUUGACACGCCUUGGUUGGCCAUUGUAAAUAAUUAGCAUUUUACAGUUUUAGUAUUUGGUAGUAUAAGCGCGAUAUCAAUUUUUAUGGUGAAAUUGCGGCUGUAAAAUGAUUAUCAGAGGUGGUUAUUCGACCCGAAUAUUACCGAAUAGCUGCAGUUGGAAAAUUCAUGCAGAGUUUUGGUUUAAUAUGUGUAUCAGUCGAGAUAAUGAACAAGUCUUUUUGUAAAUAUACGUUACAGUUGGUUAUUAGGGAGAACUCUAUAUAAUGUCAGCUAAUUAACAAACGAUUGUCUCUCGGUCGUACAAAUGCCUUUAAUAUAGUGAAUUUUCAGAUGGCAAGGUACAGAACUGGACAAAUGUUACAUAAAUUCUGAAUAAACGCCCGCUCUUAACCUCGAAAUGAUUGGAUUACCCGAAAAUAAAUGACUGGUAGCUGGAUUGACACGAUGGGCAUCAACUGAGUCGAAGGAACUCAGGGUGUAAGACACGCUCGGGAGCCUCCUCUUCCUCAGGAAAAGACUCUUCUUUGUGCUCCUUGGCAACCCGAUAACGCUAAUACCGUCCCAUGGUUACCAUCUCACCUGCACACCCUAAGUAACACGCGCUGGUUUUAUGGUUCUCUGGUUUCAAAUACCUUUUCAUUUGUUGUUUCUCAGCGAUAGUAUAUAUUAAGAUUGCGGCAGCAACUAUUGUAAAGUUUAGUUAAAAUUGAUUUAAGAUUCUAAAUACUGGAAUACUUCUACUCGUUAAUAAUCGUUACUAGAAAUUAAUUUGAUUUUGCGCUUAUCUCAAGGGAGAAAUUGGGGUUAUGGUAAAUUUUAUGGAACCAUUUGAUAAUUAAAAUUAUAUCUCGCAAAUAAAUAAUUAAACAUAA